UUGUUUGCAAAUUGCAACGUGGUUCUCUGUCAUCCCCAUGUUUUUUUCCCCGCGCGCCAUUCUCUUCUUCUUCUUCUCUGACUACAAUUGCUAUACUUUGUGUGUUUGUGCCGUCUCUGACUUCCUUUGACACUGAAAAUGGCGAAGAUUUCAUCGGCAAUUGGUUUGAGAACUCUCUUCACUGUUUUGGGAGCUCUCAUGGUUGCCACCCUUCUUUACACUCUCUUCACCGAUGGUUUUCCAUUUCGCAAAGACCUUCUCACACCGUGGAUGGCUGCAACUUUGAUUGAUUUCUAUAUCAACGUUGUAGUUUUGGGUAUCUGGGUUGCUUACAAGGAAUCAAACUGGAUCAUCUCAAUUCUGUGGAUAAUUUUGCUUGUUUGCCUUGGAAGCAUUACUACAUGUGCCUAUAUUGUUUUGCAAUUUCUGAAGCUGUCAUCUCAAGAAUCUUCACAGGAUCCUAUGUACUAUGUUCUGUUGCGGCAUCCAAACAAGAGCGGCACAGAACCAAAAAGAAAGCAUUCUUUUGUUGUGACUCUAAGAAUCCUUUUUGGCAUUUUGGGUGUUGUCAUGCUCGGGACUUUGGUGUACACUCUUGUCACUGAUGGUUCUCCUUUCCGUACAGAGCUUUUAACUCCGUGGUUGGCAGCAACACUAGUUGACUUCUACAUCAAUGUUGUGGCCCUAGCAGUCUGGGUCGCUUACAAAGAAUCUAGUUGGAUUUGUGCAGUCUUAUGGAUAAUUCUAUUGAUAUCUUUUGGCAGCAUUACUACUUGCGUGUACAUUGUGUGGCAGCUGUUCCAGAUAUCUUGUCAAGAUCCUGCUUACCUUGUUUUAGUGCAUCAGGGUGACAGGGCAGAAAACAAAUAUAAGGGGCUUUCUGUUGAGGCAACAUAACAACGAUGUUCAUGAACAAAAGGCAUGUAAAAAUCAUGUGGUAUGUUCUUGCAAAGUUAUGAGUGGAUUGCCUUUAAAGCUUAACAUCUGGCAUUUAUUUCCAUUGAUAAUUACCCAAAAAAAGGAAUCAAGUAACCCUGAACAGAUAUUGUGACACCAGAAGACAGAAAAUGAACAUUGUAGUCUGGAAAUUGUCUCUGCAAACACUAGUAGCGGCUGGACGAUGUCGUUCUCCAAGAAAUAAAUUAAACGCAGUUAUAUCCUCAGUAAUUGUUGACUUUACUUCAUUGGUGUUAUUAUAUGCCCAAUUAGUUACCCUCUAUAACUGUAUUUUAUUAUAAAGUUUAAACGUCUGAAUAAGAGAGUAUGUUAGUACCACUUGCAUGUUUAACCAUAUCUUGAAUUUUGUGGUGCUUCCUAUCUGGCUAUCUGCAUUUUAUC